AGUGCACACGGUGAAGCAGAGCUCAGUGUGGCAGAUCACAUUGGCAGGAAGUAGUCAGCUGUGUCACAGUGCUCCCCUUCCUGCCUGCUCAUUGCUUCUUGUGGCUGUCACUCAUUACUGGGACUAGGAAGUGCUGCCAGGGACUGGAAGAAUGAAUGGUGCUUGGUGAUUCUCAUUCCCUGGAUCAUGAGGAGGACCUGUCAGCUCUCAUAAAGGCUUCACAGAACAGCAGUGAAUACCUGGACCUGUGCGUAUAGACCCAGCGCUGUCUGUGCCAGUGCUUUAAUCCUGGCAGUAGAGUAGGGAAGUGUCUGCUGUGCUCUUGAAUCUUACUCCCGGAUCCUACAGAUUCUUUAUGCUAAAGCACAGAGGAAAUGAAGAUGACCAUGCAGAGAGCUAUGAGCUCCAUCUUGCAGUGCAAAAGGACAAUCCACAACACCUAUCUGCAUUACUGUGCCAGGACAAAUAUAAGCAAUACAUUGAGAGCAGAAGUGGAUGGGGUGUUCCAGUAACCCCUCUACGCCUGGCGGCCUCCCAGGGAUAUCUGGAAUGUGUGAAGAUUCUUCUAGCCAAUGGAGCAGAAGUUGACUGCUUAGAUGUAAAAGCACAGACUCCUCUCUUUGCUGCUGUGAGUGCCCGACACUUGGAUUGUGUUAGAGAAUUACUACAAGCUGGUGCCAACCCUUGUGGCAGUGCCUAUAAUAAUUGUUCCCCUGUGCUGGCAGCUUCUCGGGAUGGCCAAAUCAAAAUUUUGAAGGAACUUCUGGAUUAUGGUGCAGAUGCUAAUAUUAGAUCAAGAAAGAUACCAAAGAGAACUGUAUCAAGCACAGGUUGUAGUGGGCCCUUAUACCUUGCUGCUGUGUAUGGACAUCUGGAAUGCUUCAGAACGCUUCUUCUUUAUGGAGCAGAACCUAACUAUAAUUGUACAGACCAGGACAUUUUAGAAAGGGUUAAGCGUCCUGUAUCUGUGCUAGAGAUAUGCCUGAAGCAUGGCUGUAACCCAGAGUUUAUCCAGCUUCUCAUUAACUUUGGUGCACACAUUUACCUACCUAACAUACAGAAAUACCAGCCAUUGGCACACCGACACUCCUUGGAGCUUCUAGAGAGAGAAAAAGAAUAUCCAAGAUCUCUCAUGUCCCAGUGUCGUGUAACCAUAAGGAGAAGUCUAUACCAAAUGGGAAGGUUACGUCUCAUUGAUCAGCUGAAGAUCCCACAAAGGAUAGUAAGAUACUUACAGCACCAAAAUGACUAAUACUAUGCGAGACUACCAGAGGUGCUAAGGAAUAAAUGGACAACAAUAAAUAAAGUAAAACAUUUUAAUUUUUAAAGAUUUUUUUUUUACAUUUAUUGCUAACUCACCAGCAAUAUUCCUGCAAUGGUAUUUGUUUUAUUCCCAACUAAGCUGCAUUCAUACACAUUAAUCCCUAGAGGACAAAUGGCAUAAAUGUACAUCCCUGGUACUUAGCAUACUAUAACAUACACUUAGGUCAUGAAC